GGCGCAGGCGCAGCCCGCAAUCAGCUGCUAUUGAACGCCCGCCCACACUCGCGGUCCUGAUCGUCAGCAGCCGAAAUUCGUGGGCGUUGCAGCAGCAGCAGCCCGCCAACGCACCGAGUCGAGUCACCAAGGAUUAGGAUACGGGCAUCGCCGCCAACCGGUAGCCACCAGUGAAGUAAAGUGAAGCACUCGUUUUGCAAGGCCAGGAGCAUGUUCCCCCACUUAAAGGGUCACGGACAGCGGGUCAACCUGCAGCUGCUGCAGGAGGCCGCCUGCCGCGAACUGGUGCAGCUGUUGGAGCGCAUCGAGGGCUCCAAGGUCAUUGUGCUGGACGAGGAAAUGAUCGGUCCGCUGGACCUCGUCACUCGGCCGAAACUCUUUGCCGAUCGGGGCAUCCGACUGCUGGCCCUCAAGCCGGAGCUCCACCUGCCGCGGGAGGUGGCCAACGUGGUGUAUGUGGUGCGCCCUCGAGUGGCGCUCAUGGAGCAGCUGGCCGCCCACGUGAAGGCCGGCGGACGCUCGGCGACCGGACGCCAGUACCACAUUCUGUUCGCGCCCCGUCGCUCCUGCCUGUGCAUUAGCCAACUGGAGGUAAGCGGCGUGCUGGGCAGCUUCGGGCGCAUCGAGGAGCUGGCCUGGAACUACCUGCCGCUCGAUGCCGACGUGGUGUCCAUGGAGCUGCCCAACGCAUUCCGCGACGUCAGCGUGGACGGCGACACCAGUUCGCUGUACCAGGCAGCUGUGGGUCUGGUGCAGCUGCAGCGGCUCUACGGACGCAUUCCCAAGAUCUACGGCAAGGGCGAGUUCGCGCACAGGGUCUGGGAGCAUGCCAAGCAGCUGGGCCGGGACGAACGGACGCUGUACAAUGGCGACAAGGGCGUCGUCGACCAGUUGAUCCUGCUCGACAGGGGCAUCGACCUGCUCAGCCCGCUGGCCACACAGCUCACAUACGAGGGGCUCGUCGAUGAAUUCUACGGCAUCCGGCAGAACAAGCUGAAGCUGUCUGCCGAGAACUUUCCCUCCGACGGCUCCAUUGGCGGAGUCGGAGUUGGAGGGGGAGGCAAUGGCAGUGGCCCGAGGAUCGAGGAAUCGCAAUCCCUGCUGGGCGACUCUGAGAAGAAGACCAUACUCCUUCACUCCGGGGAACAGUUGUACGCGGAGCUGCGAAACAAGCACUUCAACGAGGUCACCAAGCUGCUCGCCCGCAAGGCACGCGAAAUCCACAACCAGAUGCACGCCACCUCGCAGGACAAGAGUGUGCAGGAGAUCAAGAGCUUCGUGGAGAACCUGCUGCCGCAGUUGAUGGUCCAGAAGAAGGCCACCUCGGAGCACACAGCCAUCGCCGGACUGCUGCACGAGCAGGUGAACGCGGUGAGCUUCGCCGACGACUUGGCCGCCGAGCAGGAGUUCAUGGUCUGCGCGGACCUUGACAAGCCAAGCGCCUACAUUGAGGACCUGAUCGCCAGCAAGGUGGAGCUGCGUCGUGUGCUGCGGCUCAUCUGCCUCCAGUGCACCGCCGCCUCCGGGUUCAAGGAGAAGCUGCUCAACCACUACAAGCGCGAGUUGGUCCAUGUCUACGGCCUCGAAGUGCUGCUCACCAUCAGCAACUUGGAAAAGUCCGGCCUCCUCCAUCUGCAGACGGAGUCACGGGCCUACAGCGUGCUGCGAAAGACCCUGCAUCUCACCGUGGACGACAAUGUGGAGGUGGAGCCGAAGGACAUCAGCUACGUGCACAGUUUCUACGCUCCGCUGACCGCUCGCCUCGUGGAGCACUCGCUCAAGCCAUUGGGCUGGCAGUCGCUUAAGAGCCAGAUCACCAACCUGCCCGGUCCGACGUUCGAGGACUUCCAGGCGCAGCUGGUGGGGAUCGGCGGACGCCACACGGGCACCACGGUCACGGAGGGAUCGCUGCUAAACGUGCCACGUGUGGUGCUGGUCUGCUUCGUGGGCGGAUGCACCUUCGCCGAGAUCGCCGCACUGCGCUUUCUGGCCGCCCAGGAGGACAACAACGUGGAGUUCCUCAUUGCCACCACGAAGGUCGUGAACAAGCACUCCUUCCUGGACAGCCUGAUGAGCUCGUGAGGGCGGCGGCUGAGCCGAUUGGAGGCCCAUCGCCUGUCCAACGACCACGGGCUGGCACGUGGAUGAAACGCGUCGAUACCGCUGAAGCCAAGGCUCAAAAGGAAGGGCAAGCGGCGCAGCGCGGCGAUUUGGAAUGCGGAUUAACGUCCAGUGUGCAAGGACAUGGCCAUUGCGAAUACCCUGGCACAUGCGAAACCAUAAUACAUAUAUUUUUCGAUUGCGGCAUUUAUUUCGUAUUCUAUAUGUACCGUAUAUAAAAUGUGUAUAUAUUCCUAAAUUGUAGUCUUAAGUGAAAAUGAUUCCAAAUUAACUUAAUUCAAGUUUGUGCAAGGAAAAUAUUGUCAAAAUAAAGUAUUUAGUCAAUGUUAUAUUGUAUUAUCUAACCAGUUACAAAAAUUACAAAGUUAUUUAACCGCAUAAUCGAUAUAUAAGUCGGUGGUCCCAUAUUCCAAGCGAUGCGUGUGUUUUUGGAUGUUCAUCUAUUCCAUUGAUUGUAAGAUGUCUAUGUUUGGGCAACAUAUUAAUUAAAUAAUUCGGUGUACUCAAGUUUAUUGUAAUUAAAAGCAAAGACAUUGAAGAUUUCCUCAAUGACAAGUAA